CUUUAGAAAGACCUGAUUGAAAAGAGACCAUAACAUAUUCUCAUUCGGCCUUUCAAAGAAGGAAGAUGAGUUCGAACCCCAGAGUACCGCAAGUUUUAAGUCAAUUCCGAGAAUAUAAGUCAAAAUUCUUCAGAAAAGUACUCAACUAAUAAAAAAUAAUGGAUCAAGAACUCCCAGAUUUAAGAUUAACAAGACAGAAAGUUCUUAUGGAAAACUUUCUAGGAGCGGAAGUAAGAAGGUGCUCAGAAGAAUGGAUAGACUCUACAAGGAGAAAACAACAUCUUCUAAAGAAGGUAGUCCUUCAGAGCCUCUGAUCAGCAUGCAUUUUUCAGAGUUUACCAAGAAUAAACUAGGAAUUAUUAGAGGAAAGAAGAUCCCACUUAAAAUUCCCAAGAACUACCUAUGAGAAGGCAGAAGGUUAAAUAACUAAAACUUGUGACCAAAUGAAUAGGAAGAUACAAUCAAAAUAAUGAAUCCUUACAGCUCCUUACUCCAAAGAAAAUCACAAAAGGUGUCAUUGAGAAUAAACUAGUGGAUAAGUUCCUAAAAUACAAAAUGAAGAAACUGGCUCCAAAGAAGCUUAAAUAAUAAGCAAGAUAGAAUUGAUAAGAACAAACAGAGCAACCUAAACAAAGAUAUCUCAAUGAAGUCCCAAGGAUUUAUCAGGAAGAAGCCGAGGACAGGCAGGACUUCUAGGAUCUCGAAUACUCCAAAGAAUAGUGACCUUGUUGAGUUCAGAAAACCAAGAACAGUAAAGAACAGAAAUAACAUCUCAAGUUCAAAUUCUAAGAUUCGUAAAAAGAAGAAGCGAGGCAGCUUCGGAAUACUUCAUCCUGUAUCUAAAGUGAAAAUAAGACCGAAGAGUAGCUAUUUUCCAAUGAAGUCUCGUCUUGAUCGUCCUUCUACCUCUAAGCCUUCAGUGAAGUAUCAGAACUAUAAGAAAGAUAUGAGCGUGAAGCUACUAAACCUCCUGAGAGCAGGGUGGAUUUACAGAUAACUUUCAACUCAGCA